GUCGUCUUCCUUCCUCGCCGCUCUCCCUCCCCCCUCCCAAACUCCCCAACACCCCCCGGUUCCGAAAUCGAAACGCCGAGCCAGAUCAGAUCAAGCCGCCGCGCACUCCACCACGGGCCUAGGGUUUGGCUGCUUGCUGCUUUAAACCUCCCAUUUCGCGGGCCGAGCGAGCGGGAGCGGGGUAGGGUUUCGACUCGAGCGCGGCUGCGGCAGCGGCAGCUUCAGCCAUGAUGUCCAGGUCGUACACCAACCUCCUCGACCUCGCCGCAGGAAACUUCGCGGCGCUUGGCCCGUCGGGCGGCGGGAGGCGGCGGCUCGGGUCGUUCGGGGCGAAGCGGAUGCCCCGGGUCAUGACGGUGCCCGGGACGCUGUCCGACCUCGACGACGACGACGACGAGCAGGCGGCCACCAGCAGCGUCGCCUCCGACGUGCCCUCGUCCGCCGUCGGGGAGCGCCUCAUCGUCGUGGCCAACCAGCUCCCCGUCGUCGCGCGCCGCCGCCCCGACGGUGGCCGCGGCUGGGUCUUCUCCUGGGACGAGGACUCGCUCCUCCUCCGGCUCCGCGACGGCGUCCCCGACGAGAUGGAGGUCUUCUUCGUCGGCUCGCUCCGCGCCGACGUGCCGCCCGGGGAGCAGGAGGAGGUCUCGCAGUCGCUCAUCGACGGCUUCCGGUGCGCCCCCGUGUUCCUGGCGCCCGAACUCAACGAGCGGUUCUACCAUCACUUCUGCAAGCGCUACCUCUGGCCACUGUUCCACUACAUGCUGCCCUUUGCCUCCCCGCUGCCACCGACGGCGGAGGCGGCCGCAUCCGGGGACGGUGGCCGGUUUGACCGCAGCGCCUGGGAGGCCUAUGUGCUCGCGAACAAGCACUUCUACGAGAAGGUGGUUGAGGUCAUCAACCCUGAGGAUGACUACGUCUGGGUCCACGAUUACCAUCUCAUGGCGCUGCCCACCUUCCUCCGCCGACGCUUCAAUCGCCUCCGGAUCGGCUUCUUCCUCCACAGCCCGUUUCCCUCAUCGGAGAUCUACCGCACCCUCCCUGUCCGGGAGGAGGUUCUACGGACGUUGCUCAAUUGUGAUCUCAUCGGCUUCCACACCUUUGAUUAUGCCAGGCACUUCCUCUCUUGCUGCAGUAGGAUGCUUGGUCUAGAGUACCAGUCAAAGCGCGGAUACAUUGGAUUGGAGUACUUUGGCCGCACUGUUGGGAUCAAGAUCAUGCCCAUGGGAAUCCAUAUGGGCCAACUGCAAUCGGUGCUGCGAUUACCUGAGAAGGAGGACAAGGUUGCUGAGCUGCGGCAGCGAUUCCAGGGGAAAGCUGUGUUGCUGGGGGUAGAUGAUACAGAUAUCUUUAAAGGGAUCAAUUUGAAGCUUCUUGCAUUUGAGAAUAUGCUGAGGAUGCAUCCCAAGUGGCAGGGGAGAGCUGUGUUGGUGCAGAUAGCCAACCCUCCUCGUGGGAAGGGUAAGGAGAUGGAGGCCAUCCAGGCUGAGAUCCGGGAGAGCUGUGACAGGAUUAAUAGGGAGUUUGGCCAGACUGGGUAUAGCCCUGUCGUCUUCAUUGACCGCAAUGUGUCAAGUGCGGAGAGGCUUGCAUAUUACACAAUAGCCGAGUGUGUGGUAGUGACGGCUGUGAGGGAUGGAAUGAACUUGACGCCUUACGAGUACAUUGUCUGCCGGCAGGGGAUACCCGGCUCAGAGUCUGCUCCAGAGGUGAGUGGACCAAAGAAGAGCAUGCUGGUUGUGUCGGAGUUCAUUGGGUGCUCGCCUUCAUUGAGUGGUGCAAUUCGUGUUAACCCAUGGAAUGUUGAAACAACUGCUGAGGCAUUGAAUGAGGCCAUCUCAAUGUCGGAACAAGAAAAGCAGCUGAGGCAUGGAAAACAUUACCGCUAUGUCAGCACCCAUGAUGUUGCAUAUUGGUCGAAGAGCUUUGUCCAGGAUCUGGAGAGGGCCUGCAAGGAUCACUUCAGGAAGCCUUGCUGGGGUAUAGGACUAGGGUUUGGAUUUAGGGUGGUGGCGCUAGACCCACAUUUCACAAAGCUUAAUUUGGAUACAAUCAUCAUGUCUUACGAGAGAGCAAAGAGUAGGGUCAUAUUACUUGAUUAUGAUGGUACAUUGGUACCACAGACUUCAAUCGAUAAGAAACCAAGUUCAGAAAUAUUGAGAAUCAUCAAUACCCUAUGUUUGGAUAACAAUAACACUGUUUUCAUUGUCAGUGGGAGAAGUAGGGAUAGCUUGGGAUCACUGUUUGCAUUGUGCCCAAAGCUAGGAAUCGCAGCAGAACACGGUUACUUCUUAAGGUGGACGAGAGAUGAAGGGUGGCAAUCAAGCAGCCAUACCUCAGACUUUGGAUGGAUGCAAAUGGCAGAGCCAGUGAUGAAUCUUUAUACAGAAUCAACUGAUGGAUCCUAUAUUGAGACCAAAGAAACUGCUUUGGUAUGGCAUCAUCAGGAUGCUGACCCAGGCUUUGGGUCUUCCCAGGCGAAGGAGAUGCUGGAUCACCUGGAAAGUGUACUAGCAAAUGAACCAGUCGCAGUUAAGAGUGGUCAGUUCAUUGUCGAAGUGAAACCUCAGGGAGUUAGCAAAGGGCUUGUAGCUGAGAAGAUACUCACAUUGAUGAAGGAGAAAGGGCGGCAAGCGGAUUUUGUAUUAUGCAUCGGUGAUGACAGGUCAGAUGAGGACAUGUUUGAAAAUAUCGCUGAUGUCAUGAAGAGAAACAAUGUUGCUCCAAAGACACCGCUAUUUGCAUGUACAGUGGGGCAGAAACCGAGCAAAGCCAGGUUCUACCUUGAUGAUACAUUUGAAGUAGUCAAUAUGCUGAGCUUGCUAGCAGAUGCUUCGGAACCUGACCCUGUAAUAGAGUUGGAGGAGGAUGACUUGGCUACAUCUGUCUCUGCCAUAGAUAUCAGCGAUGAACCACCACAGCUUGGUAAUAGAAGGGAUGAAGGAUCUUAGGCUUGAACUUCUAGAAGAUACAUGCUAUGAUGAUUGACUUGCAAAGUUUUUCUUGUUGAUGGAUCUGAAGUUGUGGAGCAUCAAAUGAAAAUUGACAGCAGGGCCAAAGAUGCUCUGCACGACACAUCAGCAAGCUAAUUGAUUCAUUAUAGAUGAUAGUCUGUUUCUCCAGGUGAGCUGGUGAUGAAAACCUACCAGCAAAAAUCCUAAUUCUGCAGAUAUCACAUGAGCAGCUUCAGUGACCUCAUUCAGCACUUGGUUCAGGCAUCAUGAUCAGUUGGUGCCAAGGAAAUUGAUCUGUCCAUAGCUGAUUCCUUACGUUCUUUUGAAUUUCAUCGCUCCACUUCUUUCUGCAUUAACAUCUUCAUUGGAAUAUGAAAUGUAAUAGACACGUGGUUGAUGAAAUGUAAGGGAGCCAGGCUAGUGAAAUGCACUUAUUUUUUUUGAAGAUUUAGUGAAAUGCAUUGGUUAGAGCCUGCAGAAGGACACACGUCGUGGCCACAUGUUGUUCAGUGUUUGCUGACUUUGUUAACAGCUAGAUUGUCUAGUCAGGAAAAACAUGUGAUUUGUUCGUUUUGAAUUGUAAGUGUGGUAAUGUGAAGGAUGUUGCUUGAUCUCAUCAUUUGAUGGCCUAAUAUAUAUGUCAUCCUUAUUUACCUGGCUA